GUGGCUUUAAGUCCUUGAUUAGAAGAGUGCUGGAGCUUUUGGUCCCAACUAGCUGGCUGCUGUGCCUAUAGGCUUGUCACACGGAGGACCACUGUGCCUGAUUGCAGUGCUCUGACAGGAACAGAGAGAGAGAGAGAGAGAGAGGGGAGAGAGAGAGAGAGAGAGAGAGAGAAGAGAGAGAGAGAGGAGGACAGGAGAGGAGGAGGAGAGCAGAAAAAAAACUUUGAUUUAUAGAGGCUUUCUCACAUUAUGGUGGCAGUGUGCAGAUGGAUUCCAUAGAGCUUUCCAUUCCUGAAUAUUUCUCCCUACACUCUGAACAAGAAAUGAACUUAUCAAAGGCCCAGGUUAAUAGUGAAGAUAAGUACGGCAAAUGCGGCAGCGCCUGGAGAAUGCAACAGACUUACGACCUCGAUGCCACUCACAUGCGUGACGCACAUGCACUUUAUAACCCAAGGCUCCUCUGCAGAAUGUCCAGCAAAGAGCGCCACCUAGAGUCCAACUGCCCGUCCUACAUUAAGACAGAGCCCUCCAGCCCCGCCUCCCUAGCAGACAGCAUCAACCACCACAGCCCUGGGGGCUCCAGCGACGCCAGUGGCUCCUACAGCUCUACCAUGAACGGCCACCAGAACGGCCUGGACUCCCCCACCCUGUACGGGCCUGGUGCCGGACCCCUGGGCCCCGCAGGGGCCUCCAAGCGCUACGAGGACUGCUCCAGCACCAUCGGGGAGGACUCGCAGAUCAAGUGCGAGUACAUGUUGAACUCCAUGCCCAAGCGGCUGUGCCUGGUGUGUGGCGACAUCGCCUCGGGCUACCACUACGGCGUGGCCUCCUGCGAAGCCUGCAAGGCCUUCUUCAAGAGGACCAUCCAAGGGAACAUUGAGUACAGCUGCCCUGCCACCAACGAGUGUGAGAUCACCAAGAGGAGACGCAAGUCCUGCCAAGCCUGUCGCUUCAUGAAGUGUCUAAACGUCGGCAUGAUGAGAGAAGGUAAGUUCGUGAGAGUUCCACCAGGUUCUAGUUUUUCCUACUGUGACAGGGCUGUGGCCUGGACCAAUAAUCAGUUCAGCAUCCGUGUCCAACCCGCCGGACACGCAGAAGCCCUGGGUUACCGUGACAACCAGACAGGCCCCAAAUGCCCGCCCACCCAGCCCAACGGACCAAUAGGAGAGUACUUCCUGCUGGGGCAGAGUCUGGAUGAGGGGAUGGGGAGGAGUAACAAGGACAACCUCUAG